AUGAGUCAAGAAUUAAACCUAGGAUAUUACAAGCUGACUUGUUACCAUUGCAAUAAAGUUUGGGCAAAAGGAAAACCUAGUGUUUUAAAAGCUCAUCUCGCAAAUGAGUGUUUGAGCACAUCCGAAGAUAUUA